GAGGAGGCGAAAAAGUUUCUUGUGCGGCUAAAGGGGCUUUGGCACGUCUUCGCUGAUCCGGCUGCAACUCUGCCGCAGUGGGCCUUUCUUUUUCGUCUCCUUCUCACUAAUACGGGGAAUAAAAGGGCUUCGCUGCUGGGAGUAAAAGAAAGGAGUUGACGGAGCCAUAGAGAGGACCGCGUGCGUGCACGGGCGGGAACGAGGGUGUCCACUGUUCGGCUGGAAGUUUGUACCAAGACCCGAGUGUGCACCCGGCUGCGGAGCGCGGGGCCGAGCCAUAGGCCACAGGACCGCGAUGGGCGCGCCGAGGCUCGUUCUGCCUGCGGCGGCGCUGGGGCUGCUGCUGUGCGCGCUGGUGGGGCGCGCGGGCCCAGCCGACAGCAGCAGCUUCGGGCGCGUUAUACUUGGGAAUCCGUCCGGGGUUGCCACCGAGCGGCCGUGUCCCGCUCCUUGCCGCUGCCUUGGGGACCUGCUAGACUGCAGUCGCCAGCGACUGGCGCGUCUUCCCGAGCCGCUCCCGCCCUGGGUCGCCCGGCUGGACUUAAGUAACAACAGAGUGUCUUUCAUCAAGGCAAGUUCCAUGAGCCACCUUCAGAGGCUUCGAGAAGUAAAACUGAACAACAAUGAAUUGGAGACCAUUCCAAAUCUGGGACCAGUCUCAGCAAAUAUUACGCUUCUCUCCUUGACCGGAAACAAGAUCAAUGAAAUAUUGCCCGAACAUCUGAAACAAUUUCAGUCCCUUGAAACUUUGGACCUGAGCAACAACAAUAUUUCAGAGCUUAAAACUGCAUUUCCAUCCCUACAACUCAAAUAUCUGUAUCUCAGCAGCAACCGGAUCACAUCAGUGGAACCUGGUUGUUUUGACAAUUUGGCCAAUACACUCCUGGUGUUGAAGCUGAACAGGAAUCGCAUCUCAGCUGUCCCUCCCAAAAUGUUUAAACUGCCCCAGCUGCAACACCUUGAACUAAACCGAAACAAGAUUAAAAACGUCGAUGGACUCACAUUCCAAGGGCUCAGUGCUCUGAAGUCUCUAAAAAUGCAAAGAAAUGGAGUAACAAAGCUUAUGGAUGGAGCUUUUUGGGGGCUGAGCAACAUGGAAAUCUUGCAGUUGGACCAUAACAACCUAACAGAGAUUACCAAAGGCUGGCUUUAUGGCUUGCUGAUGUUGCAGGAACUUCAUCUCAGCCAAAAUGCCAUCAACAGGAUCAGCCCCGAUGCCUGGGAGUUCUGCCAAAAACUCAGUGAGCUGGACCUAACUUUCAAUCACUUAUCGAGAUUAGAUGAUUCCAGCUUCCUUGGCCUAAGUUUACUGAAUACACUGUAUAUUGGGAACAACAAAGUGAGCUACAUUGCUGAUUGUGCCUUCCGGGGACUUUCCAGUUUAAAGACAUUGGAUCUGAAAAACAAUGAAAUUUCCUGGACGAUUGAAGACAUGAAUGGUGCUUUCUCUGGGCUUGACAAACUGAGGCGGCUAGUACUCCAAGGAAACCGGAUUAGAUCUAUUACCAAAAAAGCCUUCACUGGUUUGGAUGCAUUAGAACACUUAGACCUGAGCGACAAUGCAGUCAUGUCAUUACAAGGCAAUGCAUUUGCACAAAUGAAGAAACUUCAACAGUUUCAUUUAAAUACAUCAAGCCUUUUGUGUGACUGCCAACUAAAAUGGCUCCCACAGUGGGUGGCAGAAAACAACUUUCAAAGCUUUGUAAAUGCCAGUUGUGCCCAUCCUCAGCUGCUAAAAGGAAGAAGUAUUUUUGCUGUUAGCCCAGAUGACUUUGUGUGUGAUGAUUUUCCUAAACCCCAGAUCACGGUUCAGCCAGAAACACAGUCUGCAAUAAAAGGUUCCAAUUUGAGUUUUAUCUGCUCAGCUGCCAGCAGCAGUGAUUCCCCAAUGACUUUUGCUUGGAAAAAAGACAAUGAACUACUGCAUGAUGCUGAAAUGGAAAAUUAUGCACACCUCCGGGCCCAAGGUGGAGAGGUGAUGGAGUACACCACCAUCCUUCGGCUGCACAAUGUGGAAUUUACCAGCGAAGGGAAAUACCAAUGUGUCAUUUCCAAUCACUUUGGUUCAUCCUACUCUGUCAAGGCCAAGCUUACUGUAAAUAUGCUUCCUUCGUUCACCAAGAUGCCCAUGGAUCUGACCAUCCGUGCUGGGGCCAUGGCACGCUUGGAGUGUGCUGCAGUGGGGCACCCCACCCCACAGAUAGCCUGGCAAAAGGACGGGGGCACGGAUUUCCCUGCCGCCAGGGAGAGACGCAUGCAUGUCAUGCCGGAAGACGACGUGUUCUUCAUCGUGGAUGUGAAGAUAGAGGACAUUGGGGUUUAUAGCUGCACAGCUCAGAACAGCGCAGGAAGUAUUUCAGCCAAUGCAACUCUGACUGUCCUAGGCAAUCAGCUGCUGAUUAUUGUGGACUCGGAUGUCAGCGAUGCUGGGAAGUACACAUGCGAAAUGUCCAACACCCUGGGAACUGAGAGGGGCAACGUGCGCCUCAGUGUGAUCCCCACACCCACCUGCGACUCCCCCCAGCUGACUGCCACCUCGCUGGACGAUGACGGGUGGGCCACGGUGGGAGUCGUGAUCAUUGCGGUGGUCUGCUGUGUGGUGGGCACAUCCCUCGUGUGGGUGGUCAUCAUAUACCACACGAGGCGGAGGAACGAAGAUUGCAGCGUUACCAACACGGAUGAGACCAACUUGCCAGCAGAUAUCCCUAGUUAUUUGUCAUCUCAGGGAACAUUAGCCGACAGACAAGAUGGGUACGGCUCCUCAGAAAGUGGAAGCCACCACCAAUUUGUCACUUCUUCAGGAGGUGGAUAUUUCCUACCACAACAUGACAGUAAUGGAACCUGCCUUAUUGACAACAGCAGUGAAGCUGAUGUGGAAGCUGCCACAGAUCCAUUCUUUUGUCCCUUUUUGGGAUCCUCAGGCCCUGUCUACUUGAAGGGAAAUGUGUAUGGCUCAGAUCCUUUUGAAGCCUAUCACACAGGUUGCAGUCCUGACACAAGAACAGCCUUAAUGGACCACUAUGAGACCAGUUACAUGAAGAAAAAAGACUGCUACCCAUGUCCUCAUCCUUCAGAAGAAACCUUUGAGCGCAGCGUCAGUCAUGUGGGGUUGCCUUCACAUGUGAGGAAGCUAAUUAAUUCUGCGUACUCUCAAAAUGAAGGACCUGGAAUGAAAAAUCUGUGUCUAAACAAGUCCUCUUUAGAUUUUAGUAUGAGUCUGGAGCCAGCAUCGGUUACUUUGAGUAAUUCUUUCAUGGGCACAUUUGGAAAGCCUCUGAAGAGACCUCACCUGGAUGUCUUUUCAGGCUGUGGACAGCCAUCAGAUUGUCAGCCAAGAGCCUUUCAUGUGAAAGCUCAUGCUUCCCCAGACUUGGACUCUGAAGCAGAGGAAGAUAGGAAAGAAAGGACAGAUUUUCACGAAGAAAAUCCCGUGUGUACCUAUAAACAGACCUUAGAGAAGUACAGGACUCCAAAUUUUCAGUCUUAUGACUUGGACACAUAGACUGAGUGGGACCAAAGAAAAGUUUAACAUACUACCUCAAAUGAACUUUUAUUUAAAAGAGAGAGAAUCCUAUGUUUUUAAUGGAUUUAUGAAUUUUAACAAGAUAAAAUGCCUUAUUUAUACAGAUGAGCCAAAAUUACGAAAGUUAUAAAAAUUUUAUACAAAAAUAACUUCCGUAUAAGAAUCAUUUUAAACUAUUUUAUAACUUUGUUUUAUGCAAAAAAAAAAGUAUCUUAUGUAAAUUAACGGUAUAAAGCCCAUGGCUAUUUUAUGUAUUUUUAUAAU